GGGAGAAUGAAACCAAAAACCAAAAACCCACAUAUACACUCCGAAAACGGUCGCAAUCACUAGCUCUCGAUGUCCUUUAAAGCAAGUAUUACAAGUAGUAUUUAUACCGGUUCUAGGCGUUUAGCGUACGACGCCACGUGGCUAGCAGCAGCAGCGGCAUCGGCAGCGGCAGCAAUAGUGGCACCAGUAGACAGAAAUAGGCUCUUGUCCCUAUAUAACGAAACCCCUCUCGUAUAGUCUCUCCCCGUGUGGUCGGGAAACAUCCACUUUAGUAGUCCAGGCUUCGCCGGUGGCGACCGUACAGCUAAGAGAGUCUAAAGGAUGGAAAGGAUAGAAAGUUUUUUGAAUCCGGCAAACAAGACACACAACAGAACAGUAUCAAUAAGUGGCUAACAGAGAGUGAUGAGGAUGUUCGGAUAGGAACGAGGUGCAUUGCACAUCGACGAAGUUGAGGCUCUUUCUGUCCAAACUGUUCAGUUAUCCGUGAGCAGUGAGUUUUCCGAACAGCAAGUGAUGAAUUGGUAAACUUUAAAAUAUGUUGCUAAAAACACGACGGGAGAUGUGCUUGGUGAUGGAUGGAACAAAGUGAAACGAGGGAAGCGAAUGCGUGUUUGCAUGCAGGCUAGCUGCCAGUCCGUAGCCCGGUACAUUAUUGAUCAAAAUCGAGAUAGAACUAAUUGGGAGCGAGGGAGCGAAAUUUAAUAAACAAAUUGUGAAACGAAAUUUAAAACCAAAAAUCGGUCGGUUCGUAGAACCAUCCGAUGGCCCAUCACCAUCACUUAGUGGAGAAGUAAGUAGCGAGUAAUGAAGGCUAGGCUAGGGUGGGAUCCCGAUUGAUAUCAGGAAACGGUGCUGAUUUGGUGGUGUUUCCAUGUAGUUUAGGGUGAAACUUUAGUUUAGCAAUUAGGCAUGGGGGGAGAAAAAGCAAAAACAGAAACAAGGAGGACCGCAUAAUACACACACUACACUCGAGAACUCUUGGAGAGAAGAUACAAUUGUAAACCAUGAGGAGUUCGUAAUUCGUGGGGCGUCGAUUCUCGAACUCUGACUCACUAACUCUUCAGAAACCUAUCAAUCGAAUCGGCUAACCGUAGCUCGGAGGUAGAGGUAGCCAUUCGAGACACCGAGGCCGACGACGAUGUUACAUCCAAUCCGGUGGCUUCAGUAUUCAUGCAGUGUCAAGAUAGUGAGAAGGACGUCCGUUUGGAGGUCCACAGUUUUCGUUUUUAUAUAAACACUUCCUUUUUCGUUGAUUCGUCUCUCCAGAAGCAACCGCAAAUACACGUGAUAUUAUUUUUGUAACAAUCAAUUGGUGAGCACGAAGGAAAAGAAACGAUGGGAGAGAGAAGAGCAGGGAGCAGGUUUUGAUGUUCUUGAUUAUUUACUCAGCAUUCUGAUGCAUAGAGCCUAAGCCCAUAUUUUACUAUCAGUUGCUUACACGAAGUAUGAAGGUAAAUGGGAGAAGGGUAUACUGUAUGAGCUAGCAGCUUGUCAGGAAGUACUUUAGUCCGUAAUAUUCUAUUAAGACGAUUCUGUAUUCGUAAGUUAAGGAGCUUGGGGAGUUAUAAGCCUUCGCCUAUUUUGCUAUAUUCUUUCCUUGGAUUUCUUCACUGCGGAAUGAUUAGUUUGAAUAGCGAUUUUUGCAAAGAAAGGAACAGAAAGAGGCAUAGACUAAGAUAUUCGAUAUCGAGCGAAUGGCCCGUGGAAUCGGCCAGCAGGCCCUCCCUAACAUCAAGCGAGGCCAUCGAGCGGAUCCUAUCGUAGGAUUGAAACUGGAAGUUUAGCAGAUCAUGGAGAGGGGAUAGGAUCUAGGAAUAUGGGAAUUUAGGAAUGAAAGGGCAACCUAAUUGUAUGUGUGAUACGUGAUAUGAUUUCACCGAAUUAAAGGGACACAUUGAACAUUGGAAGGAAUACACAAGUGGGCAAACCAUAGGCGUGCGAAUGGGAAAAUAAACAAAAUAAAAACUCAACUUUUGAAACAA